AUGGUUUCAGUGAGGACGAAUGCUUCGAAAGAGCAGCGGCAGAAACCAGCUUCGGCCUUCAAGCACACACUCGCAACGCAAGCCGCUGGGGCGCUAAGCACCACCAUUUUAUUCCCGAUUGAUGUUGUGAAGAUGCGUUUCCUGUCGCAGGACGGCACCACUUACCGACAGCACAAUGGACAGACAUAUCAUUCCAUCCGAAGGGCGUUGGUGACUAUAUACCGUGAGGAGGGUCCACGUGCGUUAUUCCGAGGUUGUCAUGUGGCUGUUUUGGGCUCUGUGGCCGCUUGGGGCAUAUACAUGUACACCUAUCGUUCGCUUCACAAUUUGAGCAUUGCUGCCACGGCGCAAACUUCACGGGGAAGAGUGGAAGACUUUCUUCUUAGUUUACUUCCUUCUGCUUUUGCUAGCUGCUUUUCGGCAUGCAUCUGCAACCCAAUAUGGCUCAUAAAAACACGCAUGCAGCUUGAAGAAGUUUCGGCACAUCGUACGACGAGAAGUGGCUUGGCGCAUUAUGGAUCUUUUACCCGUGGGUUAGUGUACACUGUUCGCAGCACCGGAUUUCUUUCACUCUGGCGCGGUUUGUCAGCGCAAAUUUUGCUCGGAUUGCCGAACUCUCUUAACUUCCCCCUGUACGAGGCGCUUAAAUCCUAUCUUCUUUUAUGGAAGUCAUGUGACACUCUCAACACGAUCGACAUUUGCUUUUGUUCCACACUCGCAAAGACUCUUGUCACAUUAUCUUCACAGCCCAUUUACUUGAUUAAGACGCGUCUGCAGGACCAUCGAAGCCGGUGUGGUCCACUGCAGUACGUCUCGUUUCUUCAGUCUUUUUCGCUCACUUGGAACAAAGAUGGCUUGCGAGGUAUGUAUCGAGGCAUUGUGCCUUCUUUACUGCUGACAGUACCACGCUCUGUGUUGACCCUUGUUUUUUACGAGUAUUUUAUGCAUCUCUUAUAG